AUGUGUGGUUUUACUCAAGAUUCACGAAACACUCAGGACUGGGACGUAGUGAAAGGUGAAGAUGAUGCUGUGAUGUACAAAUUUCCUGAUCAUACCAUGCAGUCUGCCGAAGGUAGUUUCUUGUACAUCGGUUUCAACGGCACCACAGACACCCGCCAUCGCUCUCGCAUUUACAGUACCAAGCGUGAGCCUUCUUCCACUCCCAGCUGCGUCACUUUCUACUACCACAUCUACAACGUGAGUAAACUGUCCUUGGACACUUACAUAUCCACUUCCGGAGGACUGUCAGAUCCUCAGUGGACAGCAACCAUCAGUCAAGGACUCUUGUGGCACGGGGCAAGAUUUGAAGCUAUUUCGAAGACGGUAUCUUGGCAGAUUAUGUUCGAGGUCAGCACAGAGAAAUACGGUUAUGGUCAAGUAGCUAUUGACGAUGUCUUCGUUGAAAGCGGGAAGUGUCCAGAUCCGGGCUAUUGUGAUUUUGAACAAGAAAACUGUUUAUGGGAAAAUGUUCGGCCACCUUACCAGCAGCAGAGCAAACAAAUUUUGGAAGGAUUGAGUGCUGACGUCCCCAAGGACUUGUUAACAGAUGAUUUUGAUUGGAAGAGGCACAUUGGAUACGAUUAUUUUGGACCACCCGAAGACCAUACACUUGGAUCGACACAAGGUUUCUAUGCAAUUCUCGACCCUCGCAACAAGAAGGUAAACCAGAAAGCAGUCAUGGUCUCCGAACGGCUCAUGUUCCCUAGCGCUGUGUGUCUCAAACUGUGGUAUGCCGUUCCCACUUAUAAGAACGGCGCCAGCCUGCAGGUGUUCAUGUCUACAGAUUUCAAGACGGCCGAUCAGAUCAAAUUGAUCAAGGACGCUCCAAAUGAAGACUGGAAGCAGGCGUUGAUAACCGUAGCACCAACACCCACCAUGGAUCUAAUGUUCUCGAACUUUUGGAUAUUCUUAGCUGGAUUCGUGGGAAACAACACUCUGGGCUACAUUGCGAUCGAUGACAUUUCAAUCGACGAAACUGUUUGUGAAGAUAACACGGAGCUUUUUGACUGCAAGAAUGGACAGCACGUGCUUAUUACGGACGUCUGCGACUUCCACGAAGACUGUGCCAACGGACUGGACGAAGCCAACUGCGCCGAUUGUGACUUCGAAACGAACAGCUGCGGAUGGUCAUCAAACCCAUCACAGUAUUACAGAUGGAUCCGCUCUCCAGCAGGAAGGGAAGGUCUCCCUUACGACCACACUAAAGAAGAUGCGACAGGUUAUUUCAUGAUUGCUUCUGCCACCCAGUACAUGUCCUACUACAACGCUGUGACCAAUUUGACGAGCGCUGUGCUGAGAAACUCUUUCUCUACGUGUUCAAUGGAAUUCUGGUACAACAUUAUGGGAAAUGCUACACUCACUGUCACCAUUUCAAGAAAUAACCGGCCAGUUGAAGUUUGGAUCGAAGAAUACAAGAGCACCCAAGUAUGGACACAAGCAGAAAUACUCGUCACUAGGAUCCCCAAUACGUUCCAGAUAAUUUUUGCAGCAAGCCGAAACAAACAGGAAUCUGUACACGUAGCAAUUGAUGAUGUUGUCACUCAGAAAUGCUUAGCCACACCCACGGACGGUGCUGAUCAGUGUGGAGAAGAACAAUUCAACUGCAAGAACUCUCGCUGCAUACCCAAGGAAAAUAUCUGUGAUUACACUGAUGACUGUGGUAACUUCCAAGACGAAAGGCAAGAAACUUGCGCUGCAGCCAUUGGAAGAUGCGGUUUCGACCGCUCAUUCUGCAACUGGAUUCAUGACGAAACUAUUACUGGAAGGUGGAUCCUGCAAGAUCCAUUCCCCUCCCUGGAGCAAGGACCAACCAGAGAUCACACCACAGGAACAGUACAAGGAAAAUUUUUGUACCUCGCCGGAAAAAUUCGUCGAAACCCCGCCAGAAUUUUUGGUCCUAUUCUUCAACCACAGGAAGGCUGCCAGCUCCGUUUCUUCGUCGACAUUCGCGGAGGAGGGCCUCUCUACCUGCAAGUCAAGACCAGGACAGAGUCCAAUGGAGAGGAGACCGUCGUCUGGACACGCGAGGAUCCCACCGAAGGUUUCUUUUUCGCUAAACAGACUGUCGACUUUGACUCGGAGACAAAAAGCUUCCAGGUCAUCAUUGAAGGGUCAAUUGAAAUUUACAAAGGAAAAGUCAACUACAUAGCACUAGAUGAUAUUUCUUUCAACCACAAAUGUGUUCCGCAGACAUUUCCUCUUCCCACUGUAGAACCCCAGCUGACGACACCAAUACCUGAAAAGCGUUGUGCAGAUAACGAGUUCACUUGCACCAGCAAAAGCCAAUGUAUCCCAAUGGAACAGAAGUGUGAUUUCAAAGUCGACUGUGACGACGGAUCUGACGAAGACCAUUGUGGAAAAUGUGAUUUCCAUCAGGAUAUGUGCGGCCUACUGAACACGGCAAAUAGCAACUACCAGUGGCGGAGGGUGCAGGCUGACGUCUUCGGUAUGCAGAAGAACUCUUCCGCCCCUGACAGGGAUAGUAGUGGAGAUUUGUUUGGUUUCUUUGCUGUUCUUUCAGGACAGAAAACUAAUAACGGUUUCAACGUCCCAACUGUAAUGAGAACACCAAUUCUAGGCGCAACAUCACAUACCUGCUCUUUGCAGUUCUUCUACCAUUUCAAUAUCAGAGAUGGUAGUGGCAUAUUUAUACAUACUCCUCAUGCCAACUUGACUCUUUGUCAGCGUAAUCCCGAUCACUGCUCCGUCUUUAGAAGUGAAUUGAUUGCAAUAGACCUUGGAAUAGAAGCUAUUCUUUCUGAGGAGGAUUAUGGUGACUUAUGGAUCUUGUCUGACAGCCGUAGUUUUCUCCACUAUCUUAGUUAUUGGCUUCUUGUUGGCCACAAGACCAGCAAAUCCAUACUACUUAAGUUAAAACUCAUUUCUCUAAAUCAUGAUGUUCAUUUGCAAUGGAUACCCUCUCAUGUGAACAUCCACGGGAACAAAAUGGCCGAUAAUCUUGCUAAGAUUGAAUACCAUGGCUACACUUAUUACAGCGCAGUGGCGAGACAAGUACAAGACAUAGCUAUUGACAACAUCAAUUAUGUGAACUGCGAUCCGAAUUAUAUCCAUGAAGGAAGCAUCAACUGCACUUUUGAUGUUGACGAAUGCGGAUGGUACCCAGACAACAACUUCACCGUCACAACCUGGCAAAGAGCAAAAACAUCCAUUGAGUACGGACCUAAAAACGAUCACACUGGAAAAGGAGGCUAUUUCAUGUAUCUCAAGGCGUCGUGGUACUACCGCAAAGGCGACAAGGCUCACCUCGUGGCUCCUCGUCAGAACGCGACUUCGGGGCGCUGCUUCAACUUCUGGUACCACAUGUUCGGGCAAGAUGUCGGAACCCUCAAUGUCAUCGUCAGAACGGACCAGGGCAACACCACCAUCUGGAGCAAAAGCGACUCGCAGGGCAACGCAUGGAAGCAGGGAAUGAGAACAGUCAAGAGCGACGAUCCAUAUUCGAUUGUGAUAGAAGGUAUCUUUGGGGCGUACGCCAAACCAGUAAUUGCCAUAGAUGAUGUCGAAAUGUAUGAAGGAAAAUGUCCUCAUGCAGUCGCUUGUGAUUUUGAAGCUGAUUAUUGCGAUUGGACGUAUUCAGGAUUUGAUCUGCAAGUGGCCAAAGGGAACAAUCCACCAAAAGAUCACACAACUGACACUGAAACAGAUGCCAUUUCCAGCAGUAAAGACCGACGCCAUGCACGGGAGCACCUGAUCUGCCUCGAUGUUCAGACAGUCCACAGCCUUCAUGGUAGUUAUGCAAAACUUACCGUCGAGAACGGAAGACUGAUUAGUCCCGAGUUGUACCUCUCGAAACCGGACUAUUGCCUGAAUUUCUGGUACUUCCUUGAGGGUGACAGAGACACUCAGCUGAAGGUGCAAAAAUGGAUACCUUUCGAAGAAGACUCGAAUCUGAAGUACGUAAACGUGUGGACGGAGGUCGCGGAAAUCAACAUGAAAGGGCAAUGGAUGCAUGCCACUGCUAAAAUUGAUGACAUUUCCAAAUCAGAUCUUUAUGUACAAUUUAACGGAUCUCGCAAAAAUGCGAGCAACGUAGUGGCCAUAGAUGACGUUUCUCUGGACGAAGGAACCUGUCCGCCCUACGGCAGUUGCACAUUCGAGAAGGACUUCUGCACUUGGCGGAACUUGCCCAGGCCUAUCAGCACGGGACUCAGGUGGUUGCGAAACUCUGGUAGCAUACCAGGCACCACAACAGGACCGAAGUUCGAUCACACCAUAGGAACAGCAGAAGGUUGGUACAUCUACAUGGACGGAAAUUUUGGCCAAACCGGUCAGAAGGCAGUAUUGGAAAGCGAAAUUCUUCAUUACGCCCCUACAGCAUGCUUCAAGUACUGGUACCACAUGUAUGGCUGGGGAUCCGGGUCUUUAGACGUAGUUAUUGUCAAUCACACCGACAAUAAAGUAUAUAAAGUAAUGAGCAUCAGUGGAAGCCAAGGAACUAACUGGUACAACGUCAAACGACCCGUCAAAGAUCUCCCACCUUCUUACAAGAUUCGAUUUAUUGGCACGAGAGGUCGCUUUGGGGAUCUGGCAUUAGAUGAUAUUCUUAUCCAAGAGGGAAACUGUGCCGAUCCUGUGACAACUAUUCCACCUCCCACGGAAUUACCACCAACCCCAUGGGACUGUGACUUUGAAACUGGUGACGAAUGCAGCUGGUCUGCAGGGGAUGCAUGGGUGAUUCAAGACGGAAGAAAAGGACUCAGGUCUGGAUAUGGACCAGGAAGAGACCACACCAGGGGAGAUGCACUGGGAUCCUAUGCUUACUACUACCCACAGAAUAACACAGGGAACGAUCUGGUUGGCCCCGAAAUACCCAUCGGAGAGAAUGACUACUGCUUUAAAUUUUGGUACUACAUGCACAGUUCGGUACCUAUCUCACUAGAAAUGCAUGUCAUACAAUAUGGCAACCCAGCGGGCCCGAUCUGGCUGAAAAAGACGAGCUCCGGCACUAAAUGGAAAUACGGAACUUUCUAUUUCCAAAAAUCUGUCAACAUGUCGAUGCUUUUCAAGGCAAAACAGACCAAAAUGGACGUCGGAGACAUUGCGCUGGACGACUUCUCCUUUAAUGUCGGUCGAUGUCCAAUCGUCAAGGGCAUUCCAUGUGAUUUCGAGUCUGAGGACAUCUGUGGCUUCCGAAAAUCUUCCCCAGAUAACGUAUCGUGGAAGAGAGUUCAAGCCAAAGCGGUACUUUCGGUCAGUCCAAUGGGACCAGUGACUGACAAGACAUACGGAACAGCCGAAGGUCACUACAUGCUAGUAAACCCUACCUUGGCGGCUCGUGUCCCGGGCGACAACGUGGCCCACCUGAUUAUGCUAGACGUUCCCCCAACCGGAGCUCUCCGAUCUUGCGUUCGGUUCUGGUACCAGAUGGCUGGAGCUAACGUCAUCGCUCUGUCCGUCUACAUGCGAGCGUCUGGGGGAAAUCUCCCCCAAUUUCCCAACUGGUCUCAUGGAAGUAAGCACGGAAACACCACUUGGCGUGUGGGGCAAUUAACGAUUGACGCUAACUACAAACAUGAGAUCGUGUUCGAGGCGAAAGUUGACAAAGGCACCGAUGGUUUCAUCGCUCUGGACGAGGUAGUAGUUAAAGAAGGACAAUGCCCACCCCCAGCAUCGUGCAAUUUUGAAGAUGACCUGUGCACGUGGCAGAAUGCAGAAGAUGGAGUGCAACUCGAAUGGGUGAGGAAUACAGGGUCCACACCGACUGACGGCACGGGCCCGGACGUCGACCACACCCUGGGCACUGAAUCUGGUUCUUACAUAUACCUGCAAGGCGGCAAUCCGGAAGGAGAUGUGAAUUUGAAAGGAAUCCUGCAAUCCGAAUUCCUCAGCUUAUCCACCGAAAGGUGUCUGUCAUUUUGGGCACACAUGAGUGGUAGCGAGAUGGGAACUCUGUCAGUGAACCUCUCGUAUUACGACGAAAACAAACUGAACAAGAUGAACCAGGAAUCGUGGAACAUCAUCGGGGAUCAAGGACCCAAGUGGUUCAACAGGCUCAUCAACCUCAACAUAGAUGGCUUGGAGAUCAUGGACGAAUACCAGAUUAUGUUCAUCGGUAUAACGAAGGGGAAUCUCAGUGACAUCGCUCUGGACGAUAUUGAGGUGACCCCACAGAAAUGCUACGAAAUACCCGACGACGGCUUCGAUUGCAGAGAUGGUAAAUUUGUCACUUCGGACAAAGUGUGCGACUUUGAGAAGGACUGCUCGACUGGCCAGGACGAAAUGAACUGCGGUGCAUGCGAUUUCGAACACGGAGAUUGUGGAUGGAGGGAUAUCACCAACAGGUGGUACGAGCCUUGGGUUUUGGCGAAAGGAAAAGAUGGCGAUACGGUCAAAGGCCCAGGAUAUGAUCACACAUACAACACUAGUGUCGGAUCCUUCAUGAUAGCAGACGCGAGCAACGUCUGGGGUUGGGAGACUUCGACAAUGCAGAGUCCCUCCGUGCAGUUCAAAAAAUCAUACGCUUCGUGCGUGAUGAAAUUCUAUUACAUCCACAACUCCGACUCUAGAGCAACUCUUCGAGUCAGAAAGAGACUGGAAAGCUCGACCGUGGGUUCUGUCUGGGAAAGAAUCGGCACCAGAGGGAACGGCUGGCAAUCGGGAACCGCCUAUCUUGGUGUAACAGAGAGGCCCUUCUUUGUCGAGUUCAUCGCGGAGAGUCCAGGUGGUAGAACAUACGUAGCGGUCGAUGACAUCACAUUCGAAAACUGCAGCAUGCCGGAGGUGAGGAAGUGCAACCGAAUGGAAUUCAAUUGUAAGAACACCAGGUGUGUCUCGAACUAUGUGCUGUGCGAUCGAACGGACGACUGCGGGGAUGGUUCGGACGAGGCACCAGCGAUAUGCUCCAAAUAUCCGAAGCCAUGCACUUUUGACAACUGGAACGACGACUGCGAAUGGAAGGUGAAAGGAAAAGCCAAGAACAAAUGGAUCGUCUAUGAUGCGACAUCGUCUAGAAACAAGAAUUCCGGCCCGUUAGUAGAUCACACCAAAGGCAUUGAUAACAGCGGACGUUUCCUGGGAGUAAAAAGGUACUAUGAGGACUUCAAAAACUACAGAUCUUACUACCACAGUCCGAACUACAAAAUAAGCGGGGCUUCAUACUGUGCGUUGAGGUUUUACUACUACAUGCACAACGACGCGGAAGAUGUAGAUCUAAAGGUGCACACAGAAACUGAACUUGAUGGCUGGAAUUGGAAAGAGAGAUUCUCCGAAAGGGGAUCGCUUGGACAGGUAUGGAGUAAGGCAGUGAUUGUGGUGCAGGGCGCAGAUCCAUUCCACUUUAUUCUUGAUGGAAAUCCCGGGAAUACUUCAGGCUCCAUAGUUGCUGUCGAUGAUAUCACCUUGUCAGAAGGUUGUAAAGAAUUCGAUGGUGAUCUUCCGACGCCAGCCUCUACGCCCUUGCCGACUGUUUCCUUGUGUACAGUAGAACAGUUCACAUGUAAAUACGGAUAUCCUUUCUGUAUUCCGAAGGAAAAGAAAUGUGAUUUCACUCCUGACUGCGAGGAUGGAUCCGACGAAGAGGGCUGUGGUCCUUGCAAAUUUUGGACUGAUUUUUGCGGUUGGGAUAACAGAAGCCCUGGAAAAUUUUCUUGGGGUCGAAAGAAUGCUUCAGCUUUAACUGAUUAUGGUCCUAAAGUCGAUUAUCUGAACUCAACACAAGGUUGGUAUGCGUACGUAACUGAAACCUGGUCUAGUUUCUACUCCGCAGCAGUUUUAGUAAGUCCACCUUUGCCUCCUACUUCGUCUCACUGUGUAAUGGCUUUCUGGUUGUACAGAUCCACAGAGAGUAGUGGUCAGUUUUAUAUUACUCACCAAGAUCCGUAUAACUAUUAUCAGUAUCGCCUGUGGAAUGCACCCACACCGACGAGUGAAUGGGUACGUCACGAAGUGAAAUUGAGGCAAAAUAAUAAUCGCGGAUCUCUCAUCAGAUUCAGCAGCUACCCUGACUGGAGAUACUACACAAAGGAAAAGAGGGUUGCACUGGAUGACAUUAGCUUCAUGAACUGUAACCCCAAGGAACUGCUUGUAGAUUGCGACUUUGACGACGAGAGUUUCAACGGCGGAAUGUGCCAUUGGUUGAAUGGCAAUGCCUAUUUACAAUGGAGACGCGGGAAUGGAUCUACCAGUACCAACUUUACUGGACCAACAUCUGACCAUACUACAGGGUAUGGUUACUAUCUUUACAUUGAAACUCAAUGGCGUCCCGGAUUCACAAUGGCAACUCUGAAUGGCCCUAAUCUCCCGUUGAAUAGCCCAGAAGGAAGUUGCUUCACGUUUUGGUACCACAUGUACGGACAGCAUGUAGGUACGCUCCAAGUCCUACAAAGCCUUUCAUUUGGAAAACUAAUAAAAUGGGCUAAAUCGAGAUCACAGGGUAACAAGUGGAAAUUGGCUGAGAUUCACAUUGUAUCAGAGAGAGACUACUAUCUAACAAUCUCUGCGAAUACAAUAGGGGGAUAUGAGAAUAACAUUGCGAUUGAUGAUCUAAAAAUGGUUGACGGACCUUGUCCUCAAACAUCAUACUGCGAUUUUGAAAAUGAUUUUUGUGGAUGGAAUGCUUCAUAUGAAGGUUCUACCGGAUGGAAUAGAACUCAGGGAAGUGGAAACUGGAGCGACCAAAAGCCAAUGACUGACCACAGUACAGGAACUGAGGAUGGUUACUUUAUUGUUCUUUCAUACAAACAAAAAGGAGAUUUAGCUAGAAUUGAAAGUCCAUUGUACAAAAAUUACGGAGAUAUGUGCGUUAACUUUUGGUACAGCAUGUUUGGAAACGAUAUUGGUUCACUUGCAGUUUAUCAAAGAACGAAACAAGAAGGCCGGAUUGAGAACCUAAGGAGCCUGUGGAAAAGAUCUGGAGACCACGUUGGUGGCUGGAAAAUAGGAAGAGUAACACUGAAUUCCCUACCAGAGUUUUUCAUAGCAAUAGAAGCUCAAACAUCAAUCGGACCGGUAGGCUAUAUUGCUCUAGAUGAUAUUCAUAUGAUUCACGGAAAGUGCUCAGAUCCAGCUUCGUGCAACUUUGAAAUUGAUACCUGUGGUUGGAUGAACUCAGAUGCUUUUGCUGACAUAGAUUGGAUUAGAAGGGCCGGAUUGGAUCAAAAUAUGGGAGAAGGACCGAUAGGAGACCACAGUUUAGGAAAUGUUCAAGGUCAUUAUAUGUAUGCAUAUAUAACAGGAUUACCAGCUGAAUCACAAUCUAUGCUAAUCAGCGAAGAUUUGGAAAUAGAUGAUUAUUGUUUGUCUUUUUGGUUCAACAUGUAUAACACAGUAAAUUCUUCUCUUUUGGUACAACAAGUUUUGAUAGGAAUGGGAUGGGAAGGAGUAAAAGAACAUGAAUCAUCUGAUGUGGAAUGUAAUGUGUGGGUAAAAUCAGAAACUAACAUUUCUGCAGAAGACGCCGGUGAUUUCUUCCAGAUAGGGCUGACAGCCAUGACAAGAACAGCUCAAGACAACUACACUAGCCGAGGUAUUGCUAUUGACGAUCUUUCAUUGAUAAGACAGAAAUGUGGAGAGCCAAUUACAACAACUACAAUGCCUCCAACUACUACAACUGCAUUCCCGCCAUCAACAUUCGACUGCACAUUUGAAACAGAUUUUUGCAAGUGGAAGAAUGACCAAGAUAAAUCUGACUCAGCAGAUUGGGAAAUAGUGACUGGACAUUCCAAUAGGGUACUGACGCGUCCACGCACGGACCACACCACUUUGUCUACUAGUGGAAAAUAUCUGACGAUCAAUGACGCAGGAAAAGAUUAUUACUUCUACCGAGCUAGAUUACUCAGCCAAAACGGUAUAAGCCCCAAUGAUGGAGGUGUUUGUUUCAAAUUCUGGUAUCACAUUUACGGCAAUAAUCCAGGAGAACUGUUUUUUAAAAUACAAGACUUCAACAAUGAAGAUAAAUCCGAAACAAUUUGGUCGAGGACCAAAUCGCGAGGACCUAACUGGAAAUAUGAGCAAAUAUAUAUCAUCAAGACAUACGCGUUCAGAUUUGUCUUCGAAGGCGACGGAACACAUUAUGGGGACAUUUCUCUGGAUGAUUUCUCUCUGAACUAUGGUAACUGCCCUCCCAGAGAUUUCUGCGAUGUGGAGCAGGAUUACUGUGGAUUCACGCGUGAUCCUGAAGGAGACUUCCAGUGGCACAGAGGAAACGGGUCAAAGACGAACGGUCCGGACAUCGAUCAUACCCUUGGGACAUCGCAAGGAAACUACUUCUACGUGAACAACUCCGCAGCCGUGGAGAAAGGCAAAGUGGCAAGAUUGGAAACUGGAGUUUUAUCGCCGGAGAAGAAGUGCAUGCAGUUCUUCUACUACUUGUAUGGCAUUGAUGUGGGCUCGUUGGAAGUUCUGGUUCACUACGGAGAUAUAAGGGAAAGCAAGUGGAAGGAAGAAGGAGACUACACGGAAUUUUGGCAUGGUUCAGAAGUUGUCUUGGAAAAAUCCUUACCCAUGGACUAUAGUUACGUCUUCCAGGUCACAGCCGGAAGCGCCUUCAGAAAUGGCACCAUAGCAAUCGACGACAUUUCCAUCCGCACUGAUUGUCCUUCUCUUGGCUCGUGCAACUUCGAGGAAAGCAUGUGCCUCUGGUCCAACGAUGUCGAGACUGAGCUGCAAUGGAUGCGUGGGAGUGGCGAAAUAACAGACUCCGCCCCUCCGAACGACACCACCAUCGGCACCCAAUUCGGGCACUACCUCUACGUGCACGUGGUCAAGAAGUGGGAAGCGCAGCCACGCCCCGCCCGCCUCUUUUCUCCCUAUUUCAGCAGCUCCGUGCUGACUCGAUGCAUCAACUACUGGAGCUUCAGAAACGGUACGGAGUUCGAUGGGGCGUUGACUUUAUCCGUCUAUGAUGACGCAGAAGACGAACUAACGGAGAUGCAGCACUUUGGUAGAGAAAACCUUGGGCGAUGGAUCAACGAACAGGUGCAGAUUGAUAGAAAGCCCAGUCAGGGUAAAUACGAAAUCAUCUUCGAGGCUGAGUUAGCACCAAGUGUCUUGUUUCUGAUUAAUAAUUUCAUUGCCAUUGACGACAUCGCAGUUACUGCUGCUGAUUGCGAGCCACUUGAGGAUCUUAAGCCAGACUUUUUAUGCGACAAUGGAAAAACUCGCAUACCAGACGACCGCAGAUGUGAUUUCUACGAAGACUGCGCAGACGGCACCGACGAAAAGUACUGCGGAACUGAUUGUGAUUUUGAGACUGUGGAGCCCGAUCCGUGCUAUUGGACUAACGUGCCGGGAGAAGACGCUGUUUGGAACCAGACACUGGCGAAUGCUACUCAAGAACCGGAAUCGGACCACACCAAGAACAACCCCGGCGAAGGUCGCUUCAUGAUGAUGAAUUUCAACAGGCGAUUCGUAUACAACGCUCAAGCCUACUUCAUGAGUCCGGCCUUGAUUCAAUCUGCCCCCACUUGCAAACUCUACUUCUGGUAUUAUUUCUCUCCCGUGAAAAACAUGGAAUACUUUUCAGUUUUCUACGAUUCUGGGCAUGUCAACACUCGAACGAUACUUUGGUACAUGAAAGCUGACAUGAACAGGCUGAAGGACUCGCAUCGCUGGAAGCAGGGAAUUGCGUAUGUGGGAAGGAUAGAACAUCGCUUCCGCGUGGGUUUCACUGGACAUAAACUCGCUCUUACCAGCAUCAUCGCCAUUGACGAUUUGAGCUUCGAAGAUUGUGACAUUCCGAGAACCGCUACCGCCUCUGAUAAGUGCAAAGACAAUGAGUUCAUGUGCAGGAACGGCAACUGUAUAUCAUCAGAACUGUUGUGCGACUUUGUUGAUGAUUGUGGUGACUAUUCAGAUGAAAACAGAAUCUAUGCCAAAUGUGAUGCAUAUCCAGGUCGAUGCAAUUUUGAAAGUGAGAGUUACUGCUCUUGGGACACUGGGAAAGAUACGAACUAUAGGUGGCAAGUAGUGAAACCGGAUUUUGAUGGUAAUUCAUACUAUAGCGUGCUGGCUCCCCGUGAUCAUACUCAAAAUUCUGCCAAUGGUCGGUUAAUGUACGCAACUAACUUUGACAGAUCGAGAGGAAACGUUUACCGACUUGCUUCGAAGGUUAUGGAAGCCAAAGAUGAGACUUGCAAGUUCCGAUUCUUCUACACAUACGGAGCAAAAUUUAAUAUGACAAAUUACGACGAGAUGACAGACAUUGGAACUCUCUCAGUGUACAUUAGAAGGGAUCAGAACAAUGUUUGGAAAUCGCCUUUCGCCGUUCGAGAACCACCAGGCCAAUACUACGAGAAGGGUGUCGUAUCUCUUGGAGGAAUAAAAGAACUUUUUGAGAUAAUCAUUGAAGCUAAAACAGGAUCCACCGACUAUGGUGGAUGGGCUGUUGAUGAUGUUUCAUUCACAUCAGGAUGCGUCGUAUCCAAUGAGAGCCUUCCGUUAGAAAUAGAUGAGCCAACGGAUCCACCCGUAGAGAAGUGCGAAGACAAUGAGUUCCUCUGCAUCGUAGACAGGAAUUGCAUCAGUCUUGAGCAAGUGUGCGAUUUUGUGCCAGAUUGCACUGAUUCAUCUGAUGAAGUUAAAUGUGGCACGUGCGAUUUCAACAACGAAAAUUAUACAAUGUGUGGAUGGACAGAUGUAUCAGGCGGAAGAUGGAAGAGAAGAAAAGGACCUUACGGAAAUAAUGGCCUCAUAUCGGAUGCUGACAAAGAUGGGGAUGGCUACUACAUUCAUGUGAAUAAAGACAGGGGUGGUUCUUUCGGCGCUGAUGCAGAACUUAGAUCCGUUGAUUUCCACGAAGCUUCUGCCUCAUGCAGAAUUCAGUUCUAUUAUUUCAUGUCUGGAAUUAAGAAUAAUGACGCUACUCUGUGGCUCUAUGUGCAUGACUACAAGACGGAUGACAGACAACUUUGGCACGAAAGUUCUGAUCAAGGAAGAAACUGGCAGAAUGCUACGGUCAGUAUUGGCAAGAUGCAGAAGAACUGGCGUCUUGAUUUCAUUGCUACCCAUGCUUUGAGCGAAGGCGAUAUUGCUCUUGAUGACAUACAGCUCAUAAAUUGCGCACCUCCCGAGAAAAGAAAGUGUGCUGACAAGAACGAAUUCCCUUGCUUAACUGGAGAAUGUAUCAAUAAGACACUUGUUUGUGACUUCAGCCAAGACUGCCCAGAUGGUUCGGAUGAAGAUGUCUGUGAUGACUGGUACGAGAGAUGUGAUUUCGAGAGCGGGAAUUUGUGCGGCUGGACUCAAGACAAAAAAAGACAGAUUCAAUGGACUGUCACUUGGGGCAAAAACCAAACAGAAGGCACCGGCCCUAGCAGAGAUCAUACAAAGAAUAAUGAAUUCGGUAAAUAUUUGAUUGCAAAGUAUUCGAGAUACUAUUGGAAUGAGCCCACAGCAGUGAUUAAGAGCACAGCUUUCUUUGCGGAUAUGUCCGGAAAUUGCAAGAUCAGAUUCUGGGCACAUUUGUACAAGUCUUAUACCAGCAAAAUCAUUGUCAAUACUGUCUUCGUCGACGACGACCACUUGAGAAAGUAUCAAGAAGUGUAUGGGUCUACCGGGGAUGAAUGGGAACGAGUUGAAGUCAUACUGAAGAGCAGGUUGGACUUCCACGUGGCUCUUGAAGCGCGGCCAGCCUUUGGUACUAAAGGGGAAGUUUCCAUAGAUGAUAUAUCUUUCACGCAGGAAUGUAUUCCGAUAUAUACAGUCAUCACGACACCUAUUCCAACGUUAUGGCCGAAAGGUUACUGCGAAAGUAAAGGUCAGUUCACAUGUGACGAUUACUCGUGCGUACCUUAUGAUGUCGUUUGUGAUUUCAAGACGGACUGUAAACAUGGAACUGAUGAAAAGAACUGUCCAGCUUUCUGUGACUUUGAGGUUGGCUCAAAGUGCGGAUGGAAAGUAAUGACUCAAGCUGGAGACGGAUUAGAAAUUAACGUUACGAUUGCUAGCGAAGCGUAUAAGAUAACCUCAAAUGCACCCAAGGUCGAUAAAACCACAAACACAGGUGAUGGAUCGUACCUCAUCAUUCAUGCCGUGUUAGAGAAGGAAACGGGUCCUGUUGACGAGUACCUAAGUCCAGCAUUUUCCAAUUCUGCAGCCUCUUGCAAACUUUCCUUGUGGUACGCUUCGUACACGUUUGUAUUGAAACCUUCGAUAACGUUCAAGACUUCAGACUUCUCGGUUGACAUGGUCAGCAUAGCCAACUCCCCGACAUGGACUCGAGAAGAAAUAGGCAUCGGGAGGCAGAAAGGAAACUUCUCAAUAAGCGUCAACAAGAAAGGUGGAAUGCGAAUGUUUGACUACGUAGCACUGGAUGACAUAGAAUUCAUCAACUGCGCUUUGCCAAAAAGAAAUCCGAACACUGAUUGUAGCGGCCGCUUCCUGUGCAAAAACUUGGCUUGCAUCGAUCUUUACCGCGUUUGUGAUGUGACCGACGACUGCGGUGAUUCCUCAGACGAAAACAAAUGUGCCGAAUUCGGUUACACCAGAGUGAACUUCGAAAACGGACUCGAGUUCUUCUACCAGAGCAGAGACGAAGAUAUACCCAAAUUGGCUUGGAAAAUAAUGAAUGGCACAUACGCCAGUCAUCAAUUCAGAAGAGUGGGACCACCCUUUGACCACACUCUAGCCUCUCCCGCAGGCAAAUACUUGGGGCUGACUGGAUAUCCGGAUGGAGCCAUGAAUGAGAAAGCCUGGCUCCUUUCGCAUGUGUUCCACAGCUUAUCUGUUGGCAAGUGCGAGAUGCGUUUUUACUAUUUCAUGUACGGCAAGUACGUCAACCAGUUGAACAUCUAUACACGGAACGAAGUCAACAGGACCCUGCAAAGGCUGUGGACGCAAACUGGAGAAGUGGGAAAUUUCUGGAUGAGAGGAAAAGUAUCAAUCGACGAUACGGCUCCAUUCCAAGUGAUCAUUGAAGGCAAAGCAGGUGUCCAAAGCGACGAUAUUAUUGCCAUUGAUGAUGUAUCAUUUUCAAACGGAUGCGAACGACUUGAAUGGGGUACCUUGCCCCCCAUCGUUACUACCGAGCCUGUACCUGGAUCCUCCAUGGAGCCCAGUGGCUGUAGCGACGACCAAUUUGCAUGUACAAGCGACAAGAGGUGCAUUCCAUUAUACCAGAAAUGCAACUUCAGAAAGGACUGUGAAGAUGGCAGCGACGAAAAGGACUGUGUGCAACCGAAAUGCGACUUUAGCAACGGAGAUCUCUGCGGCUGGGAUACGACCCACGUUUACAAGAAUUACACUCGCUUCAAGAGAGACGAGGAAUCCGCCUUCAGAUGGCUGGCCAUAAGAGCGAACGAAUCCCUCACCAUGAUCACUCGAGAGAACAGGCCCGACAGAGACCACACCAACAACUCCACCUCCGGCUGGUACCUGUUGGCAGACGGCGCUCCCGGUCGAUGGGGCGACAAGGCGGGGCUGGUGACCCCCGUUAUCUCAGAAACCCACUCCCGCUGCUCCCUCGACUUCUGGGUCUACUGCGGCAGGUUCUCCUGCUCACUCAAGGUGUAUGCCGUGAAGGCUGGAACCACCCCCAAACAACUUUGGGAUUCAUUCUCAAAUCUCUUUGGAAGGGACUUUUCUGAGCGGUGGACCCACGCAAAGGUCCUUGUGGACUCCCGCGAAAACAGCCGAGUGAUGUUCGAAACUGUCCGACCCAUCGACUUCAGGAGCGCUGUCUGCUUGGACGAUGUCUCAUUCGAAAAUUGCCCGCCUCCUGCCCGAAUAGACCCUGUAGAAGGCACUUGCAGUGGUCUCGAGUUCCAGUGUAGCAACGGAAAAUGCAUUGAAGAGAACCUGAGGUGCGACUACAAGAACGAUUGUGGCGACGGCAGCGACGAACGUGACUUCGUCUGCGACGUGUACAGAGGAAGGUGCAACUUCGAAGGGGUCCCCUGCACAGACUGGAUCUUAGAAGCCGAUGGUAAUCUUGCCUGGCAGAUUCAGAGCGCCAGGAACUCUUUCUUCAGCAACGUGCCGACCAAAGACCACACCACUGACAGCAGCGACGGUAAAUACCUCACCAUUAUUCCUAUCUCAUACGAUAAAAACGCAAAACCAGCUGUUCGUUCCAAAACUUUGGAUGCCCUGUCAACGGAUUGCAAAGUGCGUUUCUGGUACAAUCCUGUUUUUGCCCAACACUCUGUCAACGUGUACAAGCGUGUCAGCUACAACAAGGGAGGAAUGGACUUUUUGCAAGGAUUCAGCAGCGACGUCUUCAACUACUGGCACCGAGCCGAGAUAGAAGUCCUGAGCGGUGGAAAAGACUUCCAGAUUGUACUGGAGGCGCAGCUUGCAUCUAGCUAUGGCAGCAUCAGCAUCGACGACAUAUCUCUCACUUCGGGCUGCCAUUACACUGAAGGUCGUGAUUUACCAGGCAUUCCAACUGUCCCACCACCAGUGGAUGACUGUUGGCCAGAUAGGAUUUCCUGCAAGAACAAAAACUGUUACGUUCCGCUACAAAGGUGCAACUUCAUUGAUGACUGUGGGGACAAUUCAGACGAAGAGGGCUGUGGUACGACAUGUGACUUUGAAAGUGGAAUGUGCGGCUGGUACAACCCUGUCGGCUUCCGUGGAAACUGGACAAUCGGUUCUGGAACAAAACCCUUUACUUCAUUAUCAGUAGAUCACACUAAGAACACCGAAGAAGGUCAUUAUUUGUCACCGGAAGACUUGUAUGAAAACGGCGACAUUGCUCAAAUCCACACUGAGCCUUACGUGCUAUCUGCAACUACCUGCAAGUUCUCUCUCUGGUACUGGAUGGAUGGAUUCAAUGCCAAGUCACUUCACAUUAUCCUGGUCCACAGCAAGGGCGCAAGCAAGUACGAAGAGAAAUGGAAUCAGACGAAGACCCAAGGAAAGGGUUGGAACAAGGUGUCUGUGGACAUCGGCGUGCAGGAGAACUUCGCCAUCGUUGUGCAAGCCGUGGUCCGAGGGAGUUACAUGUACAGCAUAGCCGUCGACGAUAUCCUGUUCGAGGCCUGCGCCCCGAUCAACCCUCCCAUUGAAUGUGCACAAGACGAGUUCAUGUGCAAAAACAAGGAGAAAUGCAUCAAGGGCUGGGCCAAAUGCGACGGGAAAUUUGACUGCAAAGACCAGUCCGACGAGCUUUACUGCCCACAACUGCACGGCGACUGCCUCUUCGACGAUAAGGAUUGGAUGACUUCUUGCUCAUGGUCAUCCAAGAAGUUGGACUUUGAUUGGUAUACAGCCAGUAAACCUCGCAACGAGAUCACCGGACCAGACAGGAAUCAAGACCCUACAAGUCCAGGCUCCUUCCUACUCAUGGACUCAUCCCUAGCUGCAGAAGGGGAAAGAGCUGGUGUCAUGACACCUGUUUUCAAUGCCAGCACAGGGAAAUGCCAUCUGCGUUUCUGGUAUUUCAUGAAAGGAUCCCCCAGCAUCGGCCCGUUGGAGGUGCGCAGCGAAGGAGAGCAGGGGUACACUUACUUGGUAUUCAACACGGCAGGCGCUAAGGUACCCAAGUGGCAGUAUGUGCACAAAGUGGUCGGCAAUAUGCAACCCUACAGGAUCAGUUUCAUCGCCACCAGAGGCGCAGACAAUUUCACUGACAUCGCCAUUGACGAAGUGCGAUUCACCGACGGAUGCGAAGAAGGAGGUGAUCUGAUCAUUAAAAACAAGACCGACAUAUGCUACAGAGGAUAUUUCCAAUGUAAAUCAGGGAGAGUGCCCUGCGUACCCACUAAAUGGAAGUGCGACUGCGCACCGGACUGCGAAGACGGAAGUGACGAACUCAACUGCGGUAUUGAAUGCCUUUCAACUCUAGCGCCAAAGACUCUGCCCCCCACACAGCCCCCGGUGACGGACGUGACGCGCAUCAGCCAAGACGACUGCAAAGACGACGAAAGAGCGUGCAAGAGCGACGGGAAGUGCAUCAAGGCUUUGCUGGUCUGUGACGGAGUCUUUGAUUGCCUCGACCAUUCUGACGAAUCGGGAUGCGAUUUAGCCAACCUAUGCGAAGCAGGAUUUUACUUCUGUUCUGACCAGAAGACUCGCCCUUGUCUGUCCAGAGAAUACAUUUGCAAUGGUGUCAAGGAUUGCUCUGAUGGAUCCGACGAAAGUCUUUGCGGUACGUGUAUUGACAAUUACUGUCGAAACAACGGCAACUGUUCUUUGCAAGGCAGAGUACCUGUUUGCACGUGUCCUCCUGAUUACGUACAUAACCGAUGCGCGAAGAAAAUUGAAGAAACAGAAAAGGAAAAGCUUGACAAUGUCAGAGGUGCCGGUGUGGGCUGGAUCAUUGGCGUUGUUAUUGGAACCAUUCUCCUCAUUGCCAUCAUGUUCAUCAUCUGGUACAAAAGGAACACCAACGCAGAAAGAUCUCGAUUGGCACAUGCAGUAGAUAAUCCUGUGUACGGACUGAACCUGGAUACACUGACAUUUGGGGAAUUGAAUUCUCACAUGCCCGUCAGAACCGAAGAUGGAGCUGGAGCCACAGCCAUCGAAAAUCCCCUCUACGCAUUCCAAUCUGAGAUUAAGUGAAAAGACAAUGCCUCUACUCAUAUGUGAUCUUCACUUUUCUUCGACUCAUCAAUCAUUAAACAAUUGUACAUUAAGCAUUGAAAAAGAACUGUGUGUACAUAGUAGGGACAACCAGAGAAGACGUUCCGUUGUUUUUCAUGUAAAAAAUUAAUCUCUGUUACGGUUUUGUUUUUUAGCAUCAUACUGUAAAAAUUUCCGAAAAAUAAACGCUUUCUAUUUU